AUGGAUGUGCACCACGUGAUGCGGUUAGCAGACGACAUUCUGCAUGACCCACUUCGCUCCAAGCUCAAAGGACUCUUCACCGGGGUUUCGGAAACCACGUUCCUGCCUCGGUCUGGUGAGAGACACGUUUGUGCCGGUGACAUUGUCCAAUCUGGUGAUAGCUGGCUUGACAUUGCAGCCCUUCAGUUCAUCCCAGGAACUGGAUUUGCAUGCUGCCAUGACGCGGACCACAUCAUCAAAGUACACUUGGAAAGCCCCGCCAAGAGGUCCAUCAGGCUUUCGGUUGGCGUGCAAGUCCUUUGUGCAGGAGUUUUGACCCGUCAAUGCCCUGGAAAAGAAAUUUGGCUGGAAGAUGCAACGAUAUCAUUCCGACCGGAAUUUGUCAAAGAAAUGGAAUGGACCACGCUCCAUCUAUAUGCUGGUGCAUUCUCGGGCUGGAGCCAAGCUAUGCAUUGGCUUCAUGAUACCCAGGAAUUUGUGCUCAAUGGCCAGGAGAUCUUCAUCGAUGUUGAUGACAUGGUUAUGCAAGUAUGGUCAUUGAAAAACCACGCUGCAGUUCUCUCCACCCCGAUUGCCUUUGAUGUCGCUUGGGGAGCCAUCAUUGGCCAAUCCUGCUUCCAAGGACCGUUGGACUUGAUCAACCAAAUUGCACUCGUCAAUGUUGAAGCCAAAGCUAAUAUGCAGUUCCCAAUCCAGACACUUGCUGGACUUGCAAGGGAUUGGGACAUUUUCGUAGGACAUUGUAAGCUUGGGAUCUGUCAUCUCGAUGUGAUUGCUUCCGCACCUGCCACUGAGGUCAUUGAGAUUUCACCUACGCUACCCUUCGAACCAGAGGACCAAGUGGCAGCUUGCCUUGAGGACGGGCCCGAGUGGCUCUCCUUUGUCAACAGUGAUUUCUUCCGAGUGGUGCAGGCUGUCAUCGAAACACUGCAAGAUGACAACACCACCAGGAGGACCUCCAUCACGAUUAUUCAGCAAGCAUCCAAUCAGUGGACCUCUGUCAAGUGUUCAGGGUGUGAUGCUCAGCAUUGUAUUGAAAAGUGUUCGGCGAUCCAGGACUACCACACAUCUGUACUGGCUCAUGGGAGAGGCACUAUUAUUGCUUUGCUGCAACAUGAACAGUUGGCAAACCGGAUGCCUCUCAUUGUUGUCGACAUUGAUCAAGAUCCUCCGCUUGCGACUAUCAUCCAGGUCAAGCAAUCUGCCACAGUUGAUUGUCCUGUCUGGGUUGAUGAAGAAGAGAAGUUUAUCCAGUCGGUGAAUGGCCAGUCCACAUCUCAGCGCGCAGCUCUACAUGCAGGAGACUUCAUCUCGUGCCAUUCAAGGCCCAAAAUUUUUGCUGGUGGACACCAUGCGAACCUGACGAAUCCUCCAUCAUUGCCUGCUGGCUCCACGUUGACGGCAAGGUUGGAGUUCAUGUCCAACACGCAUGGAUGGAUGGCCUCCGAUGAGAUGUACUUUUACACACAAGAUUUAAUGUGGAUGCAACAGGAGGCUGAGCAAAGUCCUCACAAUGAUAGGGCCGAUGCGGCCGAUGCAGCUGAUACGAAGGCAGUCAGCGCACAGAGCACUUGGACAAAGCCCCAAGCUCCUCAUGCAGAGCCUCAAGUGCCCGAAGUGGGCUUUCAGAAAUUCAUGGAUGCAAGCCGCCGGAGGACUCUGAGCAGAUCAAAUGCAGAUGCAAAGAAUGCAGAUGGGGGCUGUCUCACGAGGACCUGGAUUGAGAUGGCGGAAGCUCGCCGAACUCUGGGCCAAGCAGAGCAGUCUGAUUCUGAUUCGAGGCCUGGGGUGUCACACGGCCUUUGCACUCCUGAGAAGGUUGCCUGGGAAGCGAUGAAACGUGCCUUGGAGUCAUCCCCGUCUCCCAGGAAGUGCCGGAAGAUGGAUCGAGAGAGUGUCGGCAGCUCAAGAAGCACAACAGAUACCGAGGCAUCAAGCUCUGUGGAGAAGCCGAAUUCGCGAGCUCGCGCGGAGCCGCAUCCAGAGCCAAGCCCAGCCAGACAGGCCGCAAGCUGCCCUCAGGACGGGCACGUGAAGCAGAUGUCAGAAACUGUGAAGGAGCUCAAGGCACUGCUGCGGCAGCACAGCAUUGACUUCAGCCACUGUGUUGAGAAAUCAGAACUCCAGGAGCUGUGGCGGAGCUUCUCCAGCUUGCAAAGGCCUUCGGACAGAGCGAGGCCACGGCUUUCGCCUAGUGCGCAGCCAGCCUCCCAACAAGUGCAGGAGCAGCCGAGAGUGCCUGCCAGAACUGAGGCAGAGAGCAGCCGUGAUCGUGAGGCACAGGAGGAGGUGCUUCGCAUCUUGCCAUUACGACGCGAGGCCUUCCCUUCAGCUACGCUCUGGGCCUUUGCUGUGCUGGGUGCUUCGCAUGACAGCGGCUCGGUGCAGCGCAGCUACCGGAGCCUUAUGCGGAAGCUGCACCCAGACAAGGUGAAAAUCACCGAGGGUGUGGAGAAGACCACCGCCCUCAUCCGUGAAGCCAAGGAUCUUUGCGAGCGAAGCUUGUCUAAUCUGGUCGUUCCUGGGCCUCCUCAGUCUCUCAGGUACGAGGUGCUGGGAUAUGAAAUGGGCCGCCGCCGAUACAGACUUUGUUGGCAACCGCCAGAACGGAAUAUGGCAGCGCCAGUCUCGAGAUACCUCGUUGCUGCUCUAGAUCCGGCGUACGGGAAAGCUUUGACUAUCACAGUGUUGGAACCAGAUUACAACGAGGAGUUGAAACGCUUCGUUUCAGUGGAAGAACUCAACAGCUUUGUUCUUGCUGAAGAGGACUUGCAGAAGAUGCCAAGCCUGUGGAAGCAGCCAACGGCGAUGGUGCAGGUUUGUGCAGCAAAUGACGCUGGCCAAUCUUCCUGGUCCAAGCUGGAGAUCUACAUUGCUGGGGCAAAGCCUUCGGUGGUUCGGAUACCCUCGAGUCCCGGCACUGACUCAGAGGCCAGUUCAUCAUUGGCCAGCUCGCCCGGAAAACACUUCAGCCAAGACUCCUUCAACAGAGAGAUCCAGAGGCGCUCCGGCCAAGACCUACAGCAGUGGCUGCAAAAGCAGCUCAAGGCUCACCUGGCAACAUGGCUUCGAGAGCAGUAUAUGCCGACCUCGGGCAAUAAGAAGGAGCUCGUUGAACGGGUCCUGGAUGUGAUGGGUUUGGCAGCGCAGUAA